AUGUCGUUACCACUCAUUUCUCCAGUAUCAUCAAAUACGAACGAUGAAUUAGCGGAAUUAAUUACUUUGUUCAGUCAGAUAUUAGGUUUUUGUCCAAACAGUAUAUUGACUAUGCAACAUCGGCCAGUCAUUGUAAUCGCUUUUAUGCAAUUAAAUAAAGCAGUGAUGACUAAUCAUGGUCGUGUAACUACUGAUUUAAAAUUUCUUAUUGCUGAACGUUAUGGAGCUACUUCAGAAAAAUUGGCAUACAUUUCCGAAUAUUCUACUUAUUCUACUUUCAAUGAUGCCGAACGAGCAGCUCUUGAUUUUGUUGUAGUUGGCUCGACAGUACCUAAUGCUGUAAACAGUUCGAUUAUUGAAUAUCUACAUAAAUAUUGGAAUGAUGGUGAAAUUGUUGAAAUUUUAGAUGAUCAAAUAAUAAAUCGUCCAUUAAUGGCUCAACAUAUGCAAGUCAAUCUAUUUCCUGAUUAUCAUAAUGAAGUUCAAAAUUUGACACCUCGUUCCAUACAUGUUGAUGUUAAGCAUUUGCAUGAUGCUAAAAGUGUUCGAGGAUUUGGCCCAAUCAAAUGUCUUCUUGGUAUACUCAUAACAUGUCUUCUUGUAGGAGUCAUAGGUAUACCUUUUAUCAUCACACAAAAAUUGAUAACAACAACAACAAGCACUACUUCUACCUCAACAACAUCAACUACUACCACAUCAACAACAUCGACUACUACCACAUCAACGACGACAACAACUACUACAACAACUACCACAACAACUACUACAACAACUACCACAACAACAACGACAACAACAACAACAUCAACAACAAUAACAUCAACAACAACAACAACCUCAACUACUACUAGCGAAACAACAACAACAACAACAGAACCAUGUGCUUCUGGUUAUUCAAGAUCUCCAUCAGGAACAUGUGUUAAUCUUCAAAUUGAUUUCAACAAUUGUGGUUCAUUUGGUUAUGUAUGUGCUUCAUCUUAUACUAGUUGUUCAGCAGGUGUAUGUAGUAGUGCACCUGCUGUACAACUUGUUGGUGCUAUUGCUAUACCAGGAUGGGGUGGUCAAUAUUCAGUAGAUGAUGCUUAUGUUACACUUACUCUACCAAUGAGUUUAACAAUGUAUGGUUAUUCAACAUCAACUAUAUCUGUUACAACUAAUGGUGUUCUUUGUCUUGGUAGUUGUUCUUCUGAUUAUACAAAUGGAAAUCUUCCAAGUAGUAGUUUCGGAGGACCAACCGCAUUUGGUUAUUGGGAUGAUCUUAUGAUUUAUUCUGGUACAUCUCAAAGUGUAUAUUAUAGUGUUGCUGGAACAGCACCUAAUCGAUUAGCAACAUUUGAAUAUUAUACAAGUCAUUAUGGUCAAUCAACUCAAUAUUAUCAUUUUCAAAUAUUAUUUUAUGAAAAUUUUCCUGGUAUUGUCAAGUAUAUUUAUUUUCAAGCAUCUGAUGGAGGUUCAUCAGCUACAAUUGGUGUACAAAGUUCAUCAAGUGGAUCUACUAUGACUUAUUCAGUGAAUCAAGCAAAUUCAGUGACAAGUAAUAUGGUAUUAACUUUUGAUACAAAUGCGGGUACGUUUUCAGGAUAG